UAAGAUCGCUAGUCGUAAAAUAAAAUGUCUUAUUUAAAGUUAUUUUUAAUUAAUAUAUUGUUUGUUGCUUGCCUUGCAGAAGAGCCCUCUGAUCCCACUGCUGGGAUCGAUAUCAAUCCAAAGGGGGAAGGGAAAGAUACAAAGCUGCCGCCACACGACGAGCCCAACAUGAUGGUUGACAUUGUCAUACCAUCUCUACUCAUAGCUGCGCUGUUCAUCGGGAACGCGUUCAUUGUUCUCAUCAUAUACAAAUAUCGAAAACGGAAAACCGAGGACAUCGAUGACGAGUUUAACACCAUUCCACUGAGCGUCAACGGCAACGUUCACAGCGCAGGCAACGCCGUUUAGACUAACUCUACCGAUAGGACGACUGCACGCUGCGACAGACAAACAACGACUAAACAAUUUAAUCACAAGAUUCCAUUUUCAAAAAUCAUCCAUUCAAAUUAAAACUUCAUUUUUAAAACAUUUAACGGUAGGAGUUAGGACAAUAGCGAUUCGAAUUUUGAAUUGAAUUUAAAACGGCGUUCUAAUGUAGAACAUGGAAUCGUAGUUUUUUAAACUGGAGUUUUGUAGUUCAUGUUAUGUAGCCGUGUAAUAAUGUAGUUAUAGUAUGUGCGAUGAACUAAAAACUUCACUUUACCUGUCGCGUUUAGUUCUUAUUAUUUAUUUUAAAUGCACUUAUAAAGUGAACAAAACAAUUAUGAUAAGCAACAGAGAUUACUGUUUAGGAACCCUUAAUAAGUCUAGAUAAAACCAAAGCUAACAACAUUUAAAACCGACAAUUACAUACUUUUGCAGUCGGUUAAAGAUACCUCUUUUCGUAUCUAAGUCAUGAGAUUACCUUUUAGCGGUAUUUAACCAUGCUUUUAAAUAAAAAAAGCUUAGGAACGCGUGCAGCGUCCUUAAAUGAUUUGAACUUUAAAAUCGCUACGACGUAUCGUCGAGACGACACGCAACGUGCGUUGUCUAUACCACCAGAGACCUACCAACACUUCUCAAAGUAAGACCAUUGUUAAAGAGAGACGACGUUCUACGCUGUAUAGAGUGCUGUCUCCCUUCCACAAUAACGAUCCUUACUCUAAGAAUUGAUAGUAGGUCUUCAGUAUAAAGUUACCUUAUUUAUUUAGACCUCAAUAGAAGCAUACAUGUUUAAUCUUUCUUAGAGACCUUUAGGCAUUAAGUAAGGACUGAUACUAAUAUUGUUAAUACUCAUAGUUUUUGUUUUCGCACCAUUUCACUGCCUCUGUUGUCAUGUAAGUCAAUUAAGUACCUGUUACGGCUUGGUUGUAGGCUAGUGCUCAUAGAUAACUUGUGAUUUAUCAUUUUCUUCUGUAAUUGUUGAUGUUUUUGUAUUCGGCGGAGUAUGUAUAAAUUCUGUAUUGAAUAAAAAGCACUUUAUCUUU